UAAUUAUUCUAAUUUAUUAUGCUUUUGUGAGACUGUACCCCACUCUUCUUAUGCUGGUCUAUAACCAUAUUGAUUAAUAGUAGUUUGGGUUCAUAGGGCACUCUGGAUGUAGCAGCCAUCUUGAAAAAUACAUACAAACAUAGAUAUAACCAUAUAUGUUUACUUUUAUUUGAUCUAGACAUCGAACCUAUCCAGCUUGGGAUACAGAACUAUAUGAAGUGUUUGGAAGGACUUUCCUUCUAGAGAAGCAACUACAGACAGGAAGCCAUGCAUUUUGGGAGGAAAGGGAUCUGUCUCGCCCACUCUGCGAGCUAUUUCGAUUCAAUGAGAAUAUCAAGACAGGAAGAGGACAGUGCCCGGAGAUAUGGGAUAUUCCAGUUCAGUAACAUGGAACAUUGCUCCGACGGAUGCCGCAGCUCCCUGAACAUAUGCCGCACGCAAUGCACAAACUUCAUAAAUGAUGACUUGAGGGACGAUAUCCGGUGUGUGAUGAAAAUAAUCAGAGCUGACACUGGGUUCGACGAAUGGAGAGUAUAUGGGGUGAACUGCAAAGGAAAAGACCUAGCGAGGUGGAUCCAGGGCUGCACAAUCGUGAAACCAUGGGACAAGUGGCGCUAAUCCCAGGCCUUUCUCCGGAUUCUCCACCGAUGAAGAAUGACCCCAACGCUUGACAAUGUUUUAAAGUCUUCUCUGACAGCAUUUCGUCGCAUGGAGUAAUGGCUGUUAAUAAAUUGUAUCAAACUGCAUUCAA